CGGCCCCCACUGGUCCCCUCCAGCCCCCUCCCUGGGACAGUCCCUGCUGCCGUCGCUGACCGGCAAAUCCUCCGCUGUCCUUCUUUCUCACUCCCUGACCGGGCGCCCCACAGCCCCGUCCCGCUGCAAUGGCCGAGAAGGACCCCCCUGCUCCCGCCCCCAAGAACGGGGAGGGCAACGCUGAGGACGCCGAGAACCCCGAGAAGAAGGAGGAGGAGGUGGAAUUGCCCCCUUUUGAGAUCGUCACCGGGGAGCGCCUCCCCGCCUCCUUCUUUAAGUUCCAGUUCCGGAACGUGGAAUACAGCUCCGGGCGGAACAAGACCUUCCUGUGCUACGUGGUGGAGACCCAGGGCAAGGAGAAACAGACGACGCGGGGCUACCUGGAGGACGAACACGCGGCGGCCCACGCCGAGGAAGCCUUCUUCAACAACAUCCUGCCGAGCUGCGAGCAGGCCCAGAAGUACAACGUGACCUGGUACGUCUCCUCCAGCCCGUGCGUCGCCUGCGCCGACCGCAUCGCCGACACCCUGCGCCGCACCCCGAACCUGCGCCUCCUCCUCCUGGUGGGCCGCCUCUUCAUGUGGGAGGAGCCCGAGAUCCAGGCCGCCCUGAAGAAGCUGAAGGCGGCCGGCUGCAAGCUGCGCAUCAUGAAGCCGCAGGACUUCGAGUACGUGUGGCAGAACUUCGUGGAGCAGGAGGAGGGCGAGGCCAAGGCCUUCGAGCCCUGGGAGGACAUUCAGGAGAACUUCCUGUACUAUGAGGAAAAGCUGGCCGAGGUCCUGCACUGAGC